AUGAAGGCCUCUCCUCUCCUCGUUUCCUGGCACAAUGAAAACGCUGCCGUUUACUCUGCACACUUCGAGCCCAAUGGAAAGGGUCGGUUGGCCACUGCUGGCGGUGAUAAUAACGUCCGACUCUGGAAGAUUGAUGGAGCAGGAGAGGAGCGUAAAGUCACCUACCUCUCGACCCUUAUGAAACAUACACAAGCUGUAAAUGUCGUAAGAUGGAGUCCAAGAGGCGAGAUGCUGGGCAGUGCUGGUGACGAUGGUAACGUCCUGCUGUGGGUUCCUUCUGAGACCCAUAGCCAUCAGAGCUUUGGAGAAGACAGUUCGGAAGACAAAGAAACAUGGAGGGUAAAACACAUGUGUCGAUCGACUGGUACUGAGAUUUACGACAUGGCUUGGUCGCCUGACGGGCAGUUCUUCAUCACUGGCAGCACCGACAAUGUCGUGAGAAUAUACAAUGCCCAUACAGCUACCAUCGUCAGGCAGAUUGCCGAGCAUAACCACUAUGUGCAAGGUGUUGCUUGGGAUCCUCUCAACGAGUUUGUUGCUACGCAGUCCUCCGACCGAUCCGUCCACAUAUAUACUCUUAAAUCAAAGGAUGGCCAGUUCUCACUCAGCCAACACAACAAAGUCACCAAGAUGGAUUUGCCUGCGAGACGUAUCUCCUCCACGAGUCCAGCACCUCCGGAGUUCACAAGCAGGGCAGCAGCACAUUUCGUAGCUGAGAGCUCUGGUGUCGCCAUUGGAUCACCAGUUCCAUCCGCGCCCGGAACGCCCAGUUCGCUCGCUCUUCCAAUGAAUCCUCCCCCUACAUCGCACAGUCGAAGGUCGUCUUUCGGAUCUUCCCCGUCCAUACGGAGAUCGGCUUCACCCGCUCCCUCGCUCCCACUACCAGCGGUAAUGCCUUCUGCAUCUCCUAGUGUACACGCUGGACUUGGUGUCAGGAAUGCUGCUCUCUACCAGAACGAGACAUUGACGUCUUUCUUUCGGCGGCUUACCUUUGCUCCCGAUGGUAGCUUGCUGUUGACCCCUGCAGGACAAUAUAAGACUCUUCAUCCCACCUUGCAAGACUCAGCAAAGACAUCCGAAGACAUCAUCAAUACCGUGUACAUCUACACCCGUGCAGGCCUCAACAAGCCUCCAAUCGCGUACCUGCCAGGACAUAAAAAACCAUCAAUCGCCGUUCGAUGUUCUCCCAUCUACUACACACUCCGAUCCGGCGCAACAGCAACUAAACAAAUCACAAUCGAUACUUCUUCUGCAGAAGAUGAGAUUUCAGCGUUACCAGAGCCUGCCUUACCGCCCAAAGCACCGACACCCUCUUCAGCCAUGGAGCCACCUCCACUUAGCAGCGCUACCUCACCCUCACCUUCGGCGAGUAUGACAGCUUCCUCUCCUAAACCGUCUGAACCAGAACCUCCUGUAUCAUCCACUUCUGCCGGGCCGCAGAGCGCCUUCAACCUCCCGUACCGAAUGGUAUAUGCAGUAGCAACGCAGGACGCAGUUCACGUAUACGACACGCAGCAAAUGAAGCCUCUGUGCGUCGUUAGCAAUCUCCAUUUCGCAACCUUCACCGAUUUAACCUGGUCGAAUGACGGCUUGACCUUGCUGAUGACCUCGUCGGAUGGAUUCUGCUCAUGUCUCACCUUCUCUUCUGGUGAGCUUGGACAAGUAUACCACGGAACGACUCAUAUCACUCCGGCGACUAAGCAGAUACCGACCUCUAUCAAUACUGCAGCUUCGUCUGCUCACUCAACUCCUGUACCAACCCCAACAACAACGAGUGCAGCUAUGACGAAACAGCCUUCGCAGCCCGGUUUCGCGGCAUCGCCAUCCUCUUUCGCGUCUGCUAGACCUGCUAGUCCUGCUCGGUCAAUGUCCACUUCCUCUGUUGGGACGCAGGCGUCAAGCUUUGCUCCAUCAGAUGCACAGGGAAUCAGUUUAUCUCACGCUACCCCAUCUAUUGGACAAAUUCCUACGGUUGCGGCUGCGGCCUCUGGGGCAAUAUCUGGGGUGCCUAUGUGGACACCUCCAAUGACUCCGAGUCAUGGUCAGGGCACUCACAGUGCAUCGAGCUCAAUUAGCGGCGCUGUCACAGCGCCGGGGAGACGAGAGAGUGAGUCGGAGAAAGAGGACGGCAAGGACUCUCGGAAGAGAGAGGCUGAACCAGAGAUAGAAGAGAGCCAAACGAAGAAGAGGCGAGUAGCCCCGACUUUGGUAAAUUUGGAUACGAAUAAGUGA